UUGUUGGCUUUAUGUUUGCAGCGCGCACGAGUGUUGGCUACAACAAUAGAGGUGCUAACAAUAACAACAACAAAAACGUCAGACAGGCACUCUAGAGGUACUCACCUAAAUAAGGCACCAAGACAAAGACUAAGAAGGCCAACAACAACAACAACAACAAGAAAAAAAUAUAAAAAAAAGCACCACAAUCCUUAGAGAGAUUUAGUGGUCGUGACCACGGCGGUGACCUCACCUACGGCACAAAAGUUGUUGGCGGCGACAGCGACAGCGACACCGACUGCGAGCAUCAAAUCGGUUGGGCGGCCGGAUGGGUGUUAUGGCUUACCAAUCUAACCAAUUUAACCACUCACACAUCGCUUAUCCUACAAAUAGAUAUACAUCUGCUGACAAAUACUACGCUGUUAUUGAUAGUUCAAACUAACAGUAAUAUAAUUUGCUUAUACAGCGAAGAGGUAUAAUAAAAAUAAAGCUUGUUAUUCGAGCGUCAUAACGACCAAAGCGAUCAUAAUCGGCGAAAGUGGCGAAGGACAAUGACAAUGCGACAGUUCAUGCGGAAAGUGAGAGAGAAGAGUAAAGGACAAAAAUUAACAAUUCUAAAAUUGACAAAUAAAGCAAUAGAAAAGUAAAUACUCGCAUCGGCGAAUUGUGGUUGUAUGCCAGCGUGAAACGUUGAGUGGCAAAGUCAGCGCUUGCCUACUCUUCGACCCUUCGCUUUCGCUGCUAUUUCUCACUCUAUUUCUUCUCAAUCUACUGGUAGACUGUUAGUUGUCAUCUCUGUCUUGCAUCUCAUACGAAUGCGAGUAAGUAAAUGGGUUAGCAAAUGCUUGUAUUAUAAAUCUAUCAAAAGCACGCUACAAAUCCAAUACUACGAAUCAACCAAAUCAACCGAAUCAAUUUGGUAAAAACGAAAAAAAAAAAUACGCUCUGCACAGAGCGAGCUAGAGAAAAAGCGUAGAAGCAGUGCUCGAAUCAAUCGCUCAGUCAAGCGUGCAACCAACCAGCCAACCAAAGAUCCGAGCCAACCAAUCAAACAAAAUAAUAAAAAAAGAAAACAAUUCUAACAUACCAAAUAACUAAAUUGAAAAUACCCACGAAGAGACAGAUAAACAAAAAAAUGUAAAUAAAUUGCCAAAAAAGCAAAGAAGGAAAUAAGUUUUCGAAUAAUCCUAAACCAAAGGCGGCUAAACCUUUGCAAGGUCACAGCACUUAAUAAUCAUAGCAGCCUUUUCGCACACUUGAGACAAGAGUAAAAAACAAAAUCCAGUGCUGCCGUCAAAAGCAGCUGCAGAGAAUUCAGCAACUACGAGGCCAGCAUUCGAAUCACCAUCAAAAUUUGUCUCAUCACACACGAAAAAUACUCAUUGCCCACUUACCGUACACGAAAGUGAACACAUUCUUCGUGGCUGCGCCUCUACGCAAACGCUUUUCUAUCACCACCACCACUACUACCAUCUUUCCUUCGGCUAUAACCGGGUUCGUAGGCAACGUUGAGUUAGCGAAUAAAAUGGAAGAUGCACCGCCACCGCAGAAAAAGAGCACUACACUCUCCGUUGACCGGGCAGCGUUUUUGUUGUUGCGCGUUAAAAAAGCAUUCAAGAAGAAACGUCAACAGCGCAAGGAGAAACAGACACAAGCAGCAAAUGCCGCCUUAAUAUCGCAAGCACGCUCUGGUCGGAAAGUUCCACCCCCUUUGCUGCGCUCACGCACCCUGCCAGCGAUUAUUGUGCCCGGCAUUCCGGUCGUCUCGCUUAAUACGGACCGGCAAUUUGACGAGCGCUCUAGCGGUCUCUUAGACACCAAAUCUGGCAGUGGCACCAGCACCGGCGGUGGCGGCACCAAUCGCUGGUCCCUACUUACCCGCCAAACACCAACUACACUUGCUUACACCACCAAUAACAACAACAAUAUGGUGAAUAUAAAAUCGUUGAAUUUGCCAAAAGAUGACAUGGGCGUUUACCGUCGCAAAUCAUCGGGCAGCACUAUGAGUCACACAGGCACUAGCGCUAGCGUUAGCGGCACACCGAUCGUGGGGUCACAAGUGGCCGAUGCGGCUUUACUGAUGCCAACCUGCGAGGAUUUCGAGUACCAGGCAGCCGAUGGAUCACUGUUGCUAAGAAUACCAGCGCCGCAUGUUGUGGCCGCACGUGCGUAUCGCUUGGCGGCGAAGAAGCGCAGUACUGGUAGUGCCAUCCACGAAAGCCAACACAAACAACACCAACAGCAAGUGAGCAGCAAUACGUCAACAACUGCUGUUACGACUGCAAUGGGUGGCGUUGCUGAGACACAACACCCUUCAACGCCUGAAGGUGUCGGAAGUGGCAGUUUCAGUGUUAGUGGUGAGGCAACGGGCAGCGGCACAACCAACACAGCGUUGACACGUCGUUUGGCUAAAUUGUUACAUCAGUCGAGUAUGUCCGCCUCAAGGCUAACAACAGCAGCGUCACCGCAUGGCGAUAGCGCCACCAACGCGGCUACAAACAGUCUCCUACCAAUUAUGGCUGGUGCUGCUUCCAAAGAUGGUGCUGGCUCAGAUGGUAGGGGCAGCUGCAUGGACGAAGCACCACGUCGACUUUCGUGGGAGAGGCGAAAGGACAGCAGCGCAUUACAACGUUCCGCCAGCAUUGAUUCCUUCGCCGAGAUUGUGUGGAGCGACACGCCGCGACCCUCACUCGACAUACCACGCUCCUCCGUGGUGCCAUUCAGCAAACGUCCAUCGGCCAGCAGUUUGUUCUCCAACUGCAGUGCCACAUCGCAAACAACCCAAUUGAAUAUCAAUUACGGUGCCGGUGGCGAUUUGUGCAGCAGCGGCAGCAGUGCGGGUAAUAGUCGACGCGAAAGCCUCUUAAGUCCAUCGUCAACGCGUCGCAAUAAGCUGACCAGAAUUAUAAACGCUCUGUUUUCAGCGGUCGAGCAUGGGCAUCUGGACAAGGCGCGCACGAUUCUCGAAUCAACCGAUGUGGAUGUCAAUAGCAUAAACACGGAUGGACUGUCGGCUUUAGACGUUGCUGUUCUUAGCAAUAAUCGUUCGAUGACGAAAAUGCUCCUGCAGCAUGGCGCUAUUGAGGGCACACCAUUUUCCACAGAUACAAUCGGUAACAAACUGAAUGGUUUACUUAAGGAUGCUGAGUCUCGAAUACAAGAUUUAAGCGGCACAUCCGAUGGUGGCCUCUGCCAACCCACAUUCUCAACGCGACCGUCCAUAUCAAGUAUUAUUAUUGGCAACACAGGCUCCUCCGUGACUGGCUGCACUGGCAACGAAAUCGAAAAGCAAAUAGGCAUAUGGGAGCGACGUGUGAAGGGGUUACGUCGCCUAUUGCUCGGUUGGGAUCAGACGCGUCCACCGGAUGCACCUGCUUCGAUGACCGUGGAUGUGACGGGGGAAAACUCAAUUGCACUGCAGAUACUCGAACCGUUCGAAGGUGCAAUUGGCACCAAAUUCAAAGUACAAUGGUCAACGCGCACCGACUUCAGCAACAUUGUGGGCGAACGCGAAUUGGUGGAUUGGACGAGUUUUCACGGCAAUAUGGGCACACAGUGUCAGAUUAAUGGAUUGACGCAAGGACGUCGCUAUUUUAUACGCGCUGCCUGUGGCAAUGUCAAAGGUUGGGGUCCAUAUAAAACGUCAGUGCCAGCCAGCGUCGUGCCAUCAAGUUGGCGCGAUUCCAAUAAUCGCGAAGAUCGUUAUGUUGGCCGGCAGCGUGUUUUGGACAAUCUGUUUACGGCGGUGCGCCUAGCACGACCGGCGGAUGUAUCGGAAUUGACAUUGGAUGUAGGUGCAGCACAGCGACGCAACCCGAAAAAGAAGACUACUAUAAAGCAAUUGUUUUCGGUGGCAUCGAAAUUCCAAAAGCACCUAAGACGUGGCAUCUACUUGGCGAGCAUAGUUUAUUGUGAAGAUAAGGUCCUGGUGAGUAGCGAAGACUUCUUGCCCGUCAUAGAGAUCGAUGAGACCUAUCCCAGCAGUUUGCACAGUGAUUAUCACUGGCUUAUGAAGGUGGCCUGCACUUGGGAUGAUGUGAAGUCUCUGCGCACGGACAUGGAGCGAAAUUUAACGUCUGCCGUUCAUUUUCGUACCAAACUCCUAUCGGCCGUGUGCCAAAUGCAAUCAACGCUAGGUCUCAAUGACUUGGGUCAGCUAUUCUAUAAACCACUACGCGAUUCACAUGGAACUGUUGUGCUCACCUGCAUACAGGCUGUGAAAAGCCAAAAAACCGUCUCCAUACUCAACUCCCGUUGGUUACCAUUAAAUAAGUUGCAAAAGAAGAUUGUCGCGCUGCUGGAGGACUACAACAUCAAUGAAAUGCUUAUUUCCUCCAUUAGCGAACAGAUACACUACCACCAGGCGUCAACACAACGCUUGAGUCCAGGUUUAUAUUUGGGUUACCUGAAGAUGCAAUGUUCCAUGGAUCAGAUACAGGUUGUGGUCCCUGUGAAGACACCGAAUGUGCUGCCGCAUUGCAAAGUGCGCGACAACAGCCACAUCACUGCCGAUGAGUGGCAGAUCCUGAAACGUAAUAACGCCCCAAAUGGCGGCAGCCGCAGCAAUAGUCCACUAAAUAUGGCUCUCGAAUUCAACACAAACCCAGAAGAGGCCACCGAAGGUCAACGACUGUUUCUCUAUGAUCUUACAAACGCAGCGCAAAAGCUAUUCACAUACAUGAACAUCAAGCCUGAGGAUGCUAAAACGCAUCGACUCUACGACAUCGAAGUUAUUGAGCAUAGCAAAAAUAUAAGCUUUCUUAUUAUAUGUCCAGCGGUCGAGCUGACCUGUGCUGUGCCCGGCCAGUCAGAGCUGCUUCUGCAACGCGAUGAUCUCGCCAGCCUCAGUAUACAGGCGUUCGAAAUGAUUCAUCUGCGCACCUACCAGCCUGGCAUCAUACAAAAGUACGCACGUCUCUCCUGCAUAUUGGAAUUAGAUACUGCAUUGGCCACGCACUCGCAACGCGAGGCAUUUUCCACAAGUGAGCUGCAAACAGCCAAGGAACGCUUGGCCAAACUGCAUGAACUAUCAGCGAACUUGAACUCAGUGUGGAAGAGCGUACGCUGGCUAAUGGAUGUCAUUGCGUUUGCGCGCGACAAAAACACACAGUCAUCGGAAAUCAUGAAAGAGAUUCUCAACUAUGGCAACAGUAAUGCGAACGACAAUGAGACGCGUAUUGUGGAUAAACAAUUGCUGCAAUUACCAACUCGUGAUGCCAAAUAUACAAAGAGCUCAGGACGCGGUAGCUGGCCGGGGCCUGGCGCUAAUUCACAAGGUGCCAGCAAUAACUGCUUGGCUGCCGAGCAUUCAAAGUCCGAGCAAAAUCUGGGACGAAAUGCAAUCACGCCUACCUCUAACGCAAGUACAAUGUCACCCCAACAGUCCAGCAACAAAUCGCACAGCAGCAGCGAAUCGCGUCAAAUGGUCAGUUCCACUGGCACACAGCAGCUACUACAAGUGGGCAUAGGCGGCUACACCAGCUCGGACAUUUCUCUGCGCAAAAACAGCGGUGACUCAAUGGCAUCCUCGCAGUAUACAACGCGCAGUUACUAUUCUGGCGCUGGAUCAGUUCUCGGCAGUAGCAACGAACUGGGACAAAUAUUUGCCAUACCACCUUCGCGCUCCGACGACAUGUUAACACUUGGUAGCCUCGAUGGGGGAAAACACACACAAUCCACGGCUACACAUCGCAAACGCACCAGUUCGAACAUAGCGCAACAUGUAACAACACCAACGUCGUUAACCACCACUACGCACUCCUCCAGUUCAGCACCAUACUUGCCCACCGGCUCCAAUCUAUCACUGAAGAACUCCUCCAGCUCUGACUACGACAUCAGAGCGUCCAAGAUCAGCAGUAAAGCGGUAGCGGAACAAAGUAUUGGCAAUAAAGUGAAGGCGGCCUCCAGCGCAAAUCUACGUGAUGGCGGUCUUUACUUGAAGUCAAAAGUUGCAGCGCUGCCAAGCGACAACAAGUCCAUUAGCAGCGAAGAGGCCGCUACUAGCGCGACAUCAGCAACAACAGCAAAAACUGCUUCGAUAAAAAGUCUCUCGCGCCAGAGUAGUGAAGAGGACACGGCAAGCGGUUCCAGUCAUACCUCCGAACAGGCAACCAGCGUUAACGCUCCCGCGCCGAGCUCGGGUAUCAUACAAGUUUAUACCGCAUAUAAUACUGGGCUAGCAAGUGGCACCAGCCUCAAGUUGCACGUAACGCCAAAAACAACAGCACGCGAGGUUAUCAAUUUGGUGGUGAAGCAGCUGAAUAUGGCUGCAGUGUUAAAAGGCAGCAACGGACCCAUCUACACAGCAGACAUGCUGGAUAACUUCUGCUUGGUAGCAGUGAUCGGCGCGCGAGAACGCUGCUUGCGUGACGACUUCAAACCACUACAGCUACAGAACCCUUGGCGCAAGGGGCGACUGUAUGUGCGACAGAAACACGAGCUAUUAGCGGCUAUCGAGCAUGCGAAUCGGAAAUCUCAUCUGAUAUGAGCUACACGACAGGAAAUGUGAAAAUUAUGGUGGGAAAAGUAGGAUAUGGGAAAUACUGUCCGCAUGCUGGUGGCAGUUAUUGUAAAGCGUUAUUAAGUAGAGUCCGCUAUGAGAAUUCAAAAGUGACGUAUUGACGGAGUGUUCAGAAUUAAUAGAAGUUCCUUUUAUUGGUUUUCGCGCAUCAAAUGAGCAAAUUUUAGAAUAUGUAAAUGAGUACCAUUAGCUUUGAAAGCGGCUGGCUAAAAGUUAGUCAUUAGUUUACCAUACCAGGUAUAGUUAUGUAAUAUUCUUCUUCUAGCGUAUUCGGCGUAUCCAUGCGGAAUGUUCGCAGAUUGGAAAAAUAUGAAAAAAGUCUGAGAGUUAGCAUUGGUUUAUUUACAAACGUUUAUAUGAAUUACGGCAAAAAACCUUUCGAACUUUGCAUUUCCUAUCGAUUUUGUUGUGUUUCUAAUCAAGCACGUCACUAUGAACUUAAACCAAAUUCGGAGUGAGUUGUGGUAUACCGCAGCCGUGAUAGUAAUGGGGAGUUUGGUUUUUGAGCUAAAGGAUCUCUCAAAAGAGCCGCCUAGAUGUUGUUUUAAAAUAAUACUGUUCAUUGCCACGUUUCGCAAACUGCUGAAAUGUCUAUUUCUAAUCUUCUCAUUUCUUGCAUUGCAUUGGCUAGCUUUCCAGCUUCAUAUAAACUUCUUACAUUCCAGUUACCGAUAUUUAAUUUUUUACUUGUUUUACCUCCGGGGACUCUUAGCAGCCUCUUAAUGCCGGAUACUAAAGGCCGUGUAUCAUUGUUGUUAUCUGUCACAAUUUUUGUGAUUCUGCUAGGGAGUUGGUUAAGUAGUGGUUUGCCUUCUUGCCUUCUACCUCGCUGUCAAGGGCCGUUCCAUGAGAUACCCAAGCGUCACUCAGUUUUUUGAUGUCGCAACUUUUCAUGCAUAUCUGCAUUCAUACCUGCAUUACUAAUAAUACAACCAGCUGCCGUUGCACAUUCCUAGGUUUAUAGUCCUUGCGGAGACUCCUCAGUUUAAAGUCCUGUAAAACAAAAAGUGUGAACAAGAUGCUUAUUUAAAGACGGCAUCAACCCGCCUUGUCAGCGCCAAUUACGAGUUUUCGUGCUCAAGCCGUGCUAAUGUCCAUCCCUGCGACCUUCCACACCCUAGCUGGUCAUCCGCUACUUAUCCGGGAGGGCUUAUUUGCGGGGUUAGUGGUAGUCAGGUGCCCGAAAAAAUGAUAAUUUUCAAUAAUUUCUUUUUGCUAGCCAAUAACUUUAUUUUACAAAAAAAAAACAUAGCAUUAAUACAUUAUGUUUCGACUUGACUUUCGGAAAAUUAAAAAAAAAAAAAUUUAUAAUUGUAAAAGUUAUCACUGUUUGUGUGGAGCCCGUUUCUCCAGAAGUCCCUUUCGGUGAUCAUCACAAAUCCUUGGCGAUUCAUCUAAAGUCAAUCGGACAAAAGAAAUUUGUUUUAUUAAUAGGUAAUCUUGUGCCUGGUCAAAGCUUUUUUUUCAAAAUUAACAAUACGGUGGCCUCAGGAAAUACUUUUCAGAUUUUCGAGAAAAAAAACCGACAGUUAAUUGUUUAAAAAAAUCUAAAUUUUUGAAACAAAAAAUCCUUCCAUCAGGCACGAGUUUUUUAUGUUUUUCAAAAGCAGUAUAAAUUUUAUUGAAAUCUACUAAGCGGUUUUUAAGUUACUCGUACAGUGAUCACCAGUUCAAAAACAUAGUUUUGAGAGAAAUAUAUUUAAAUGCUUGCUAUCGAUUUAUGUAGAGUUAUACGAUUUAUUUAAUUACUUACACUGUGUCACCUAUUCCUGGGCCAUAUAAUAGUUCUUCAGCCGUCAUAGCAGCUGCCAAAAUAUCGAUUUGCUGUUGCCUACGUAGCAUUCCACCUUCUCGAGCGCUUAUCUGCCACUUUCAUACAUCCAGCAUCCAGGUACGUGCUCUCGAACGCUCCGGAGCACCCGAGCGCCCUUUGUUAUUUGUUGAAUAACUCGAAAAGAAUUUGUCGAAUUCACUUUUAUACUUAAAAAAAAAAUUAUACUUUAAGGGCGAACACCAUUGUGAAUUUUCAAAAAAUCGAUUUUUGUUUUGUGCAUUUUCUUAAAGUAGAUAUAUUCAAAAAUAUGUAAAAAAAAUUUAACUUCAAAUUUUGAAAAUUUACGAAGUUAUACGCAAUACAAUAAGUGCAGGUAGUGAGUUAGAACGGCCAGUGAAAAUUUUAAACGCGUUUUUCUCAAAACGACUUUUCUGACCACGGCGGCCUCGAUUUCUCGAAGACUUAUGAACCCGAUUUAAUUUUUUUUUUUUUUUAAUUUUUGUACAUGUAUUGGCUACAGUCGUACAUAGCCGUUUUUAAAAGUUCCAAAAAUAUAUAUUAUUUCACGCCUUUCGAAAACAAAGAAAGGGUAAAAACACAAACUAAUUUUUCAAACCUGAACCAUUUUCUCAAAAAACAAAAAAAAUAAAAAAAAACCGCUGGCAGAAAUACACUCGGAGGUUUGCCAUUGCCUGCCGAGGGGCGACCGCUAUUAGAAAAAUGUUUUUCUUAAUUUUGGUGUCUCACCGAGGUUCGAACCAACCUUCUCUCUGUGAAUUCCGAAUGGUAAUCACGAACCAAUCCAUUCGGCUACGGCGGCCGCCAUUGAUGUAUGUAUAGAUUAAGGAUUUUUUUGGUUUUUUGUUUUCAGAUGAUUUUUAACCGCUGUAUCGUGGCCACCAGGGUGCAUCAGUUUUUUAUGACGUCAUUGCAUUAAUAUUAAUAACAAUUGUAAUUUUUAAUAUUUUUUAAUAAAAAUGUGUCAGUGUAGUUGAAUAUAUGUAUGAUAAAUAAAUUACAAUUUGUCCGAUCCUCAAAUAAUCAUCCCUACUUAUACAAAAAAAUCAUGAAAAUCACUUAAUUUUCACGCUUUCACAGUGGUGUUCCCCCUUAAGAAAAUGCAAAAAAAAAUUCAUUUUUUUAAUUCUGUACUCCUUACCCCUUAUUCGCAGCUAACCUCUACUUGUAUAACUUACUUUAAGUUGAAUGUUAACUUUAUUGAGUCUAAUUCCAAACUACUCUUACAAAGUGAGUUACGCCUUAAAUUACCCUAACUGCCCUCACCAUUGUCGCCGUGUCUUGUUAUUGCUUAUUUUCUGCACUUGCUUGCUUGUGAGUAUGCUGAGUCUGUUUGUUGUCUGUUUGUAGCCGUUGAGUACCCACGCACGGACGUUAAGCCGACAAUGCUGGCUGUGUGCUAGGGUGUCGGGUUAACUUAUAUCUAAAGGUCGUUCUUUAUCCGCAACCUGUAACCCGUCCGGUGGCUUGUAGCUGGCCCUCACAGAACUCCCUUUAUAUCCGCGAAUCUGCUUAGGCUCAAAAAAAAAAAUAUAAAAAAAUGCAUAUUCUACAACAUUGUUUACAUACAUUGCAACUAAGUAUUUGUAUAAGUAAAUGUGUGUACAUAUGUAUGUACAAUCUAACACAUACAUACAUACAUAUGUCUGCUUAUCCAGAGUUAUGACUUAUGAGCAAAGUGAGGAGUAUAAGCCAGUACGUAUUAGCAAUUAAAUGUAGUAUAUAAUAUAAAUUAAUGACUCUAGGAAUGCAUGUGUAUGUGUGUAAGAAUACUUCUAAGUGAAAUGAAAUAUUUAUUAUAUUUAAAAAUUAAGCAAGUUCUGGUAAUUCAGAACCGUAACGAAGCACACCAAUAUCACAAAUCUUAGUUUUAAUCUAUACAUUCAUACAUAAAUAUAUACAUACUAACAUAUACAACUGAUUUUUAGGCUAGCGUAACUGUAUUGUAUUUUUAGUGUAGGCUUAAAAAGGAAAAUACGAGCAAAAAUGCAAUUUACUAUGUGUGUGUAUUGAUAUAUUUGUGUAUUUGUUGUUUUUAUGUACAAAAAAAAAUUAAAAAAAUAUUGUCAUAUUGCAAUGUAGUCCAUAUAUUUGUGUGUAUUUUUGGUGUAUUUAUUUUGACACAAACAAAAAGUAAAAUUUACACCAUAUAUGUGUAUGUAUAUGUACCUUUAUGUGUACAUAUUUAUUGCAAUGUAAAUGUGCAAAUGCUUUAAUUACAAGUACAUAGACGUUUAUGUAUCUAAAUAUCAUUUAUUAUAUAAUUCAUAUGUACAUAUUUUUUUGUAAAACAGGAUAUUUAAAAAUCGAUAAACGAUAUUAAAUGUUGAUUAAAAAGUGCUCAACGUGAUUUAUGUAAAUCAUUCAGCUCAUUUUAGUACCUCUAAGUAUUGUUGAAGAGUGGCAUUCGAAUUUUUCAUACACACCCGUUAAACGUAACUGAAUAUUGCAUAGUUUGUAUAGAAAUGUUUGCACCAUUUAGUUUUUAUAUUUGUAUGUAUUGCAUGUCCCGACUUGCGUUGGAAAAGCAAAAAUUAUUAUUAGCGCAUAUUGCAAUUGGAUUUUUUUCCUUGCAGUAUUAACAACUUUUAAAGAAUUAUUGUUAAUAGCAAAAAAAUUGCAUAUAAGAAUUGAAUGAAUUCAAAAAAUAAAUAAAACAUAUAAAAAUGUAUACACUUAAAAUGUUUCUCUAUGAAAAAAAAUAUACAAUCACCGAAGCGAAGCUAGAAAAUUUUAAAAGAAAAUUUCAAAAAUAUACAUUCUGUCAAAAAAGUUCCGGGAAUUGUUCAAUAAAACGCAAAGUAAUUGUUUAAUUAUCAAAAUUUAUUUUGUCGCCUUCAAAAUAGGCGCCAUUCGAAGCAACACACAUAUGCCAACGAUUAGUCUAUAUAGUCAUUAAAUCACAUUUUAAACGCGUUUGAAGAGAUCUUCUUCAGCUCCUACAACGAAUUCUCCUUAAUGGCCUCUAUCGAUGUAAAGCGAUGUGCGUGGAAUGGCAGGUUUUGGGAAAAGGAAAAAGUCACAGGGGGCUAAAUCCGGUAAAUGCGGUGGUUGUUCGAUGAUUACGGUGAUUUGUGGAGUUUUCGGUCAAAAAAGUGUUCACAAUAUGAGCCAGUGAGACGGUACGUUAUUAUGGUGCAAGAUCCAUGAGAUUUCUUUCCACAAAUUGGGCCAUUUUCUACGCACAUUCUCUCUCAAACGUCGCAUCAAUUUAACGCAGAACCAUUUGGAACGAAUUCCGAGUGCACAAUGAUAAUCAGAGUAAACGAGUAGCUUCACUUUCACUUUUGACUGACUUUGACGUGGUUUUUUGAGUUUCGGCUCAUGCGGAUAGCACCAUUCAGCCGCCUGUUGACUGAUUUACAUGUCAAACUCAUAGACCCACGUCUCAUCAGCUGUUACGAUGCGCUGGAUAAACGUUGGGUCCGAAUCCAUUUGCUCAAGCAUGCCUACAGCCACCUUCUUCCGAUAAAUUUUUUGAAAGAAAUUCAACUCUCUUGGAACGAGUCGAGCAACCACGCGUCUCAUGUCCAAUUGAUGGAGUAAAAUAUUGUGAUUUUGUUCCUGAGACACACUAAAGUCACGAGCUACUUUCCUCAAACUUAAAUGAUGGUUUUUUUCUUUCUUUCCUUGACUUUGUCGACGUUUUCAUCCAUUGAAGAUGUUGAUAGGCGGCCAGAUAGGGGCAAAUCGUCCAAGACUUCUCGGCUCUCUGCAAAACUGUUACACCACACGUAGACCCCUGUUUUUGAUAAAGCACACUCACCAUAGGCUUUUUGCAUUAUUUUCAAUCAUUCGGCGCACGAAACCCCGUUCAAGACAAAUUCUUUGUUCGAUAUUUUUAUCCAUAGUGAAAACCGAAAAAAAGCACACCUGCGGUAAACUGAUAUAAUUAAAUACCAAAAACAAGCUAAUUGACAGAUCAGGCUCGAACUCUGCAACACUAUAGAGGACAGUUGUGCAAACGUUCCAGCAAAAAAAAUGUAGACAUUGGUGUAACGCACGUUUUUUAAAUGAACGAUACCCGAUAUUUUGUGACAGAAUGUAUUUUAGUUUUCUAACUUCAUUUAUUUUUAUUCUUUUUAUUAUUACUUGCUAAUUAGUAAAAAAAAAGCAGUGAGCAAUCACUUCUUUACCGCAGAAAAGAGCACUAGGAUGAAAACUCUCUCUUAGCUCUUUUAUUUUUAUAUUUCUAUCAUCCCUUUCAUUUAAAUUGCAUUCCUCUUAAUUGCCGGAGUACGAGAGUCGUUUGAAAAGUUCGUGCAAAGUCCGAGGGUUGGCACCACUGGCACGUAUUGAGGUUCUAUUUAGUUAGUAGCAUCUCUUAGAAGAACACACACCAAGUUUCAGCCAGAUCGGUAUUUGUGUGUUUGUUUCGAUGCUAUGAAUCGAAGAAGUCGAGUGAUUUUCCGUUUCAAUCAUAAAAACGCACCGGCUAACGUCUCAGCAGUUGUGAUCCAACUCGUUGUUGUUGUUAUUGUAGCAACAACAUAUAAAGAAGAAAUGCCUGGCGAAUAAAAGAUUUUAUUCAAGCGAGCAGGUUGCGAAUGACUCUUCUUCACACUUUUUAUAAAUCCCAGUAUUCGGAGGGGAUGAUGACAACCUAGCAAAGCAAUGGACGAAGUAUAUGUUAUAAGCCUAAAAGAAGACUACAUUGAAAAAUAAAAAAGGUUUGUUCUUCUUGUUUGGCGCUAGAUCUUUAUUCGCUGUGCUAUGUCUAUGUUGUCGUAAAGCUCAUACAGCUCAUUGUCCCAUCGCCCGCAAUACUCGCCGCUGCCAACGUGCAUAGGUCCGAAAAUAUUUCGCAGAAUCCACUUCCUCUUUGUCACCUUCAAUAAUGGCAUUAAAGAGUUACUGGAAAUUUUGUUCAUCGAAUACCUCAAUGCCGUAAAGAGGAUGUGGCAACAAAAUGGUGCGGAAGCGCUAGUUGGAUUCUGGACGAAUGACCAGCUAAACCAACCAACCUCAACGCCAUCAACAAUUGAAUCUGCGUCUGAAAAAACUUCUGCUAAAGCAAUUGCGUCAACAAUUGUUUCCAAUAAUUUACAUAUGAACUGCCCUUGAUUUUUUUAGCCUUUGGUCAUAUUCUUGUGGAAUCUUUUCCCAUUCCUCUUUGAUGCAGUUUUUUAGCACUUUCUUUUUCAAAUACGACCAUAAACUUUCCAUUGGUUUGAUAUCUGAAACUUUGGGCAGAAAUACCUAUCACUUUUGAGAACUGCGUAUGUAAGGCUUGUGCUUGAAAUCAUUGUCUUGCUCAGUUUGUUAAAGUUUUUACACACUUCGUUUAAAA